CUCAAACCUUGUGCUUUUCCUCCUUUUCUUUGGCCUUCCCGUACAUGUUAUUUCCUCAAUUAGAUACAUACUUACAUUCUUGCACGAUCAUAUUAUUAUUUGAUCCAAUGUUUCAGUUGUUGUAAUUGGUUGCUUGAUUGAUCGAGGGGGUUUUGUGAGAGAUGUCGAAUCUAUACAGAGGGGAUUUCAAUUCCAAAAUCGAUUACGUGUUCAAAAUCGUAUUGAUAGGCGAUUCGGCAGUGGGGAAAUCGCAGCUGUUGGCGCGAUAUGCAAGAAAUGAGUUCAGUUUGGACUCAAAAGCCACUAUUGGAGUUGAAUUUCAGACGCGAACUCUUGAAAUUGAUCGCAAAACGGUCAAGGCUCAGAUUUGGGAUACAGCUGGUCAAGAAAGAUAUAGGGCAGUGACUAGUGCAUAUUACAGAGGUGCAAUGGGGGCAAUGCUGGUCUAUGACAUAACGAAUCGUCAAUCAUUUGAUCACAUGGCUAGGUGGUUGGAUGAACUGCGGGGCCAUGCUGACAAGAACAUCGUAAUCAUGCUUAUAGGAAACAAAUCUGAUCUGGGAACCCUUCGAGCUGUACCAGUGGAUGAUGCUAAAGAGUUUGCCCAGAGGGAGAACCUAUUCUUCAUGGAAACAUCAGCCCUUGAGGCAACCAACGUGGAACCUGCUUUCCUAAAUAUCAUGUCUGAGAUCUAUCGUGUUAUCAGCAAGAAAGCCCUUGUGGCCAAUGAGGAACCAGAAUCUGGAGGAAAUUCAUCUCUUCUGAAAGGAACCAAGAUUGUUGUUCCUGGCCAUGAGCCGGUACCAUCAGAAAAAAAGUUCAGCUGUUGUAGAUCUUCAUAGGCCCGACCCAACCUUCACUCUUGGAGUGCACUGUUGUAUUUGUUCUAUUUGCUGACAUAUCUGACAUACGAGGUACAUUUCUCUUUCUUGUUACAAAUAGAUUGUCCAUCCACAGCGUGGACUUCUGGACCGAUUUAAACUUGAAGAGAAGUGAUUUUUGCAAAUUUUUUUUUGUUUUGGUGUGUAACUCAUCCAUGCCUCAAUGGCAUGGAAAUAGAAUCCAAAAUAUAGAACAGGGAAAAACUUGUCAUUC